AUGAGUGUAGUCAAAAUUACUCUGCUUUGCUGUCUCUUUGUCUCUUUCCGUAUAGAUUCCGUCUCCUGUCUAAACUCAGAUGGUUUGGCUUUACUUUCUCUUCUCAAGCACUUUGACAAAGUGCCACCUCAAGUAGCUUCGACGUGGAAGAACAACACAUCUGAAACCACCCCAUGUACUAAUAAGUGGUUUGGUGUCAGCUGUGACGAUUCUGGUAAUGUCACGAAAAUCGAGCUCACUGCUUCUGGGGUUUCAGGCCAAUUAGGUUCUGAAAUCGGUGAGCUCAAGAGCUUGGUGGUUCUGGAUCUGAGUGAUAACAGUCUCUCUGGUGUAUUGCCUUCCAGUUUAGGAAACUGUACUUCACUUGCGUAUUUGGAUUUGUCCAAAAAUAGCUUCUCCGGAGAAAUUCCAGACAGUUUCGGUAGCUUGCAGGAGUUGAAGCAUAUUUAUCUUACCUCAAACUUCUUCAGUGGUGUGUUGCCUGACUCCUUGUUUCAGGUCCCCUUGUUGAAAACGCUGAAUCUUGGUCGCAAUAAUCUUAGUGGUCCAAUUCCUGCAAGCGUUGGUGGGUUGAAGAAACUUGUAGAUCUGACCUUGUCUUAUAAUGACCUGUCUGGUACUAUUCCCGACUGGAUUGGGAACUGCAGUAAGCUGGAGUAUCUGUAUCUGAACAAGAACAAGCUAGUUGGUUCUUUACCAGAAAGCCUCAAUCUACUCGAGAAUCUUGGCGAGCUGUAUGUCAGUAACAACAGCCUCGGAGGGCAGCUUCGUUUCGGUUCUAGCAACUGCAAGAAGCUGGUGACUUUCGAUGUGUCGUACAAUGACUUUGAAGGUGGCGUUCCUGUUGAAAUCGGCAACUGCAGUAGCCUUGAGUCUCUACUCAUUAUCAAAUGCAACUUGACAGGUACAAUUCCAUCAUCCUUGGGUAUGUUAAAGAAGGUUUCUCGUAUUAACCUUGGCGAGAAUCGUCUCUCUGGGGAUAUCCCUCAAGAGCUCGGGAACUGCAGCAGCUUGCACACCUUGAAGCUGAACGAUAACCAGCUCCAAGGCCAGAUACCUCCUGCAUUGGGUGAGUUAAAGAAGCUGCAAAGCUUGGAGCUUUUUGUGAAUAAGCUGUCCGGUGAGAUCCCUAUUGGCGUAUGGAAGAUUCAGAGCCUGACACAGAUGAUCCUUUAUAACAACACUCUCACCGGGGAACUACCAGUUGAAGUAACUCAGCUGAAGCACCUUAAGAAGCUUGUGCUGUUCAACAACAGGUUUCAUGGAGGGAUACCCAUGAGUCUAGGUGUGAAUCGAAGCCUAGAGGAAGUGGAUCUUAUUAAUAACAAUUUUACAGGGGAGAUAUCUCCCAAUCUCUGCCAUGGACAGAAGUUGAGAUAUUUUAGCUUGGGUUCUAAUCAGCUACAUGGUAAGAUACCAGCAUCUGUUCGUGAGUGUAAGACCCUCGAGAGUUUCAUCCUUGGAGAAAACAAGCUUUCAGGUGUUCUUCCUGAAUUCCCUGAGAGCCUUAGUCUUUCCUAUGUGGACCUCAAAGGCAACAGCUUUGAAGGAUCCAUCCCUCGAAGCUUGGGAAGCUGUAAGAAUCUCUUGACCAUCGACCUUUCUCAAAACAAACUCACGGGUAUGAUACCUCCAGAGCUGGGAAAUCUGCAGAGCCUCGGACACUUGAAUCUUUCACACAAUCAUCUGGAAGGUCCUCUCCCGUCUCAGCUAUCAGGUUGUGUGGGAAUUCUGAGAUUUGAUGUCGGGUCCAACUCACUGAACGGCUCUGUUCCAUCGAGCUUCAGAAGGUGGAAAAGCCUGUCCACGUUAGUUCUCACCGAUAAUCAGUUUUCAGGAGGGAUUCCACCAUUCUUGGCAGAGCUUGACCGCCUCUCAGAUCUGCGGAUAGCUCGAAAUGCUUUUGGAGGUGAGAUUCCUUCCACGGUUGGCUUGUUGAAGAGCCUGCGUUACGGCUUAGACCUCAGUGGGAACGGAUUCACCGGUGAGAUUCCAGCCGCUUUGGGGUCUCUUAUCAGUCUCGAACGGCUCAACAUAUCCAACAACAAGUUGACAGGGUCUUUAUCGGUUCUUCAACCUCUUACUCUUAGGUUCUUACUACAAGUUGACGUCUCGUAUAAUCAGCUCAAGGGUCCAAUACCGGAAAAGCUGAUAUCGGAUCCAUCAAUGUUUUUGGGGAAUCCAGACCUCUGCAUUCAACCUUAUUACUCAGUAAGUGAUGUAACACGUAAAGAGUUUAAAUCUUGCAAAGGUCAGACCAAACUUAGCACCUGGAAGAUCGCCCUUAUAGCAGCUGGGUCCUUUCUAUCUGCAUCGGCUUUGCUUUUUGGUCUCGUUUUGGUUGUCCGCUGCUGCAAAAGAGGAUUCAAGACAGAAGAUGCUCAUGUCGUCGACGAGGAAGAGGGUCUUUCCUUGUUGCUUCACAAAGUUCUUGCAGCCACUGACAAUCUAGAUGACAAGUACAUCAUUGGACGAGGAGCUCAUGGAGUUGUUUACAGAGCCUCUCUAGGGUUAGGCGAAGAAUACGCCGUGAAGAAACUCACCUUUGCGGGACACGUGCGCGCAAACCAAAAUAUGAAGAGGGAGAUCGAGACAAUCGGGCUUGUUAGGCACAGAAACCUCAUUCGGUUGGAAAGAUUUUGGAUGAGGAAAGAAAACGGCCUGAUGCUGUACAGGUACAUGCCCAAUGGAAGCCUACACGACGUUCUGCACAGAGGUAAUCCAGGAGAAACCGGUCUUGACUGGUCUGCACGGUUCAACGUAGCACUUGGGAUCGCACACGGGCUAGCGUAUCUACACCAUGAUUGUCAUCCACCAAUCAUUCACCGUGACAUCAAACCAGAGAACAUACUCAUGGACUCGGAUAUGGAGCCUCACAUUGGAGAUUUCGGAUUGGCUCGGAUUCUAGAUGACUCAACAGUUUCAACAGCCACCAUCACAGGCACCACUGGUUACAUUGCACCAGAAAAUGCUUACAAGACAGUGAGAAGCAAGGAAUCAGAUGUUUAUAGUUAUGGAGUUGUUUUGCUCGAGCUGGUAACGGGAAAGAGAGCUGUGGACAGAUCUUUCCCGGAGGAGACAGAUAUCGUGACCUGGGUCAGAUCUGUAUUAAGCAGCUACGGGGAUGAUGAUGAUGAUACUGCUGGUCCAAUCGUUGAUCCAACGCUUGUGGAUGAGCUUUUGGAUACGCAGCGUAGGGAACAAGCAAUCCAACUUACAGACUUGGCUCUUAGGUGUACGGACAAGAGGCCAGAGAACAGACCCUCCAUGAGAGAUGUGGUGAAAGAAUUAACUGAUGUGAAAGAUAUUGUAAGAAGCACUUCUGGUUCAGUUCAGUAG